UUAAAAACCCAUGUUGGAUUAGCCUUUUGCAGAAGCCAUGGCGAUGAAGAUGGGGGAGCUCUGGACUCAAGUCGGCUCUUUAAUGGCCACCCUCAUGUUUGUUUGGGCAAUUAUUCAGCAAUAUUUCCCUUACCAAUUCCGUGGCCAUGUCCAGAGAUAUGCCCACAAACUCACCGGUUUUCUUUACCCUUACAUCACUAUCACCUUCCCUGAGUACACCGGCGAGCGUCUCCGCCGUAGUGAAGCCUUUUCCGCCAUCCAGAACUACCUCGCUUCCCGAAGCUCCAUCCGGGCCAACCGUAUGAGAGCAGAGGCGGUCAAAGAUAGCAAAUCUCUGAUACUCAGUAUGGAUGAUAAUGAAGAAGUUAUUGACGAAUUUGAAGGCGUCCAAAUCUGGUGGACUUCCAGCAAAACUACGUCCAAGAAUCCCUCUGUUUCUUAUUACCCUUCAAACGAUGAGAGACGAUUCUACAAGCUCACUUUCCACCGCCGCCACAGAGACGCCAUUCUUGGGUCUUUUAUUAACCACAUCAUGGAACAGGGCAAGGCGGUGGAGCAGAUGAAUCGGCAGCGGAAGCUUUAUAUGAACAACGCCAAGAACGAUUGGGGGCAUAAAAGCAAUUGGAGGCAUGUUCCUUUUGAGCAUCCUGCUAAUUUUAAGACUCUGGCUAUGGAUCCCAAGAAGAAGCAAGAGAUUAUCAACGAUUUAAUCAAGUUUAAGAAUGGAAAAGAGUAUUAUGAGAAGGUGGGUAAGGCUUGGAAACGUGGGUAUCUUCUGUAUGGUCCGCCGGGGACUGGGAAGUCCACCAUGAUCGCCGCCAUGGCCAAUUUCAUGGAGUAUGAUGUGUAUGAUCUGGAGCUGACAUCUGUUAAGGAUAAUAGUGAGCUGAAAAAGCUAUUGAUUGAGAUAUCGAAUAAAGCAAUGAUUGUGAUUGAGGACAUUGAUUGCUCUCUUGAUCUUACCGGCCAACGGAAGAAGAAGAAGAAAACAGAGGAUGAGGAAGAAACAGAGGAGAAGAAAGACCCUGUUAAGAAGGCGGAAAAAGAAGAGGAAAAACAAAGCAAGGUGACACUUUCUGGGUUGUUGAAUUUCAUCGACGGGAUUUGGUCGGCGUGCGGCGGGGAACGGCUGAUAAUCUUCACGACCAAUCACAAGGAGAAGCUUGAUGAAGCUUUGAUUAGAAGGGGAAGAAUGGACAAACACAUAGAGAUGCCAUUCUGUGGGUUCGAAGCUUUCAAAGCUCUUUCGAGGAAUUACUUGGAUGUUGAGUGGCAUGAUUCGUACCACAAAAUUGGGGAAUUGUUAGAGGAAGCCGAGAUGAGUCCGGCGGAUGUGGCUGAGAAUUUGAUGCCGAAGUAUGAGGGUGAAACAACGGAUGAUUGUUUCAAGAGAUUAGUUGAAGCUCUUGAGGAUGCAAAAGAGGAAGCUGAGAAGAAGAAGAAGAAAGCAGAGGAAGAAGCUGAAGCCGCAAAAAUGGCGGAAAAAGAGAAGGAGAAGGAGAAGAAGAUCAAAGAUAAUGAAAUGAAAAGCAAUGGAAUUGGAGGUAAAGAAGCAAAAGAAAAUGGUGAGACAGAGAAAGAUGAGAAGAAUUGAGGGAAAUGGUGUAAGGUUAUUAGUUGAAUUCUGUUUUCCUCUGUAUUUCGUGCAAUUAGUUCUUAUGAAAUGGGCCACAAAUCUUCUAUUUUCCAUCGAUCGUCUAAACGGCCCGGAUCACCAGUUAAGGCCCCUAAAUGACCGCUCAGUAAUAAAUGAGUUAGGGGUGCAGAGACAGUCAGGAGGUUUGCCUAGAAACAGAACCCACUAGACGGGCUUGUUAACGUGAUGUACGCAUUUGUGUUUUAACAUAUUGUAAUCUAUGACCAAAUACAACAUGCACGAUUUCAUGCAUUAAAAA